GCGUCGCGGGGGGCGCGGCCUCCGGAGGGACGGACGGGGCGGCGGGCGCCGAUCGGGGACGGCUGCCAUGGCUGACGAGAUCAGCAAGGCGCAGGCCGCCCGCCCCGGAGGCGACACCAUCUUCGGGAAGAUCAUCCGCAAGGAGAUCCCUGCCAAUAUAAUUUACGAGGAUGAUCAGUGCCUUGCGUUCCAUGAUAUUUCACCCCAAGCUCCAACACAUUUCCUAGUGAUUCCUAAGAAGCCCAUUGUAAGGUUAUCUGAAGCAGAAGAUUCUGAUGAAUCUCUUCUGGGACAUUUAAUGAUUGUUGGCAAGAAGUGUGCUGCUAACCUGGGCCUGACCAACGGAUUCCGGAUGGUUGUGAAUGAAGGGCCUGAGGGUGGGCAGUCUGUCUAUCAUGUACAUCUCCAUGUUCUGGGCGGUCGUCAGUUGGGCUGGCCUCCUGGCUAAGAUUUUUCCACCACAAGAGUUAACUGCAUGCAUACAGAUUACUGUCAAAUAGAUUUAACAUGCUCCUCAUCAAUGUAGCCACUGUUAAUGUUGGGGUUAUUUUUGAAUGUGUCUCUAUAAAGGGUAAUAAAUGCUCUGAAUAACAUUCACACAAUAAAGAUUUAGCAUGUCAGAAUCA